UUCGAGAAGGCAUUGCAUGUUUGGUCUCAGAUAUCUUUGCCUGAUUUACAGAAACAUUGGGACCAGGAGGCUGUCGAGAUAAAAGAUAACCAGAAAAGUCUAUUAUUGUCCAGAAAGGAUCUAGCUGCGUCGACAAAAUCGUUUAGAAAAUUGUCAAAUGAUAAGAAAUUCAGCAAAAUCAAUCCUCUUUUGAAGUCCUAUCAGCAGCAGAUUGAUAGACUAACAAGGCAAAAUAAAAAUGUGGAGAAUAUGUUUUUCAAUACGUAUAAAAUAUUAAGUGAGGCCCCAGACCCCAAACCAUUAUUAGAAGCCUCUUUAGACUCCUUCUUGAUUUCAAAUGAGGUUGAAAAAUUGAAAAAGGAGAAUGAAUUUCUUGAAAAUAAAUUGUUAAAUUUCAGUGAUUAUGAUAGUUUGAAAUUAAAAUUGAAAAAAUUGUCCAAAAAUAAUACAGAUAACCUUAAUUCAAAAUUAACUGAAAAGGAUGACCAAUACAAAGCUAUAUUAGACGAGAAAGAGAGAAACUUCCAAUUAAAAGAAAACGAUUACCAAUCUAGAAUCACAGAAUUGGCAAAAAAAAUCGAUGAAUUGAAAACCAUUAACAAAAUUACAAAUAGAAGGCUUAAAAACCAAAACAAUAUUUUAGGGAAUAACGAUGAUGAAGACGACGACGACGAUGAAAAUGAUAUUAAUAAUUUAGAUAGCGAUAUUCUGCAGAAAAAUUUAAAAAGAAAUCUGUCUGACAAUGUUACUGCUUCGGAAAUCCAAAAUAUUGACCUUAUUCAAACUAAAAAUUCAUUAAAAUUGCAAUUGGAAAUGGUCACCAAUGAUGCAAAUUCUUCCAGAAUUAGGGUAAUAGAAUUGGAAAAAAGAAAUGAAAACUUAAGAAAAGAAAUAAUAUCGUUGAAUUCAAAGAUAUCCACUAAUUCUCAAUUCAUACAAUUAAAUAAUAGAAUCGCUGAUCUUGAAACUGAAAAUUCAUUUAUUUUAUCUAAGAAUAAUUUAAAUUUAAAAAAAACUGAAUUACAAAUCAACGAAUACACUAAAAAAAUAAAUAACCUUGAAAGAGAAAACAGUCAUCUAAAAUCAGAAGUACUUUCUUUGAAAGAAAACUUUCAAAAAUUUAGUGAUUAUGACGAACUUAAAAAUGAGCUAGAUAUCUUGAGAACAAUCGAAUUUGGUAUUGAUAAUGAUGAUGACACCCUGAACACUGAUAACACACUUUCUUCUUCUAAAGAUAAACAUUUAGAUGAAAUACUAAUCGCAAGAAAUCGUAAAUUAGCCAAUGAAAUCGUAGAGUUUAGAAAUCAAAAUGAAUCACUCACUAAAAACAUAAAUGAAGUAUAUGAAAAAUUAAAUAAUAAUAAAAAAGAAAUCGAAGAACUUAAAUCAUUAAAUGAAUCUUUAGAAAAUGAUUUAAUGAACGUGAAUUCCGCUAAAAAUAAUAACUUAGAAGCAAACAAUGGUUGGGAUACAAUGAGUUUUAUCUCCGGAAUUUCAAGAGUUCCUAAAUCAAUAAUGAAUUCAAAAAGAGGUGGUAGAUCCACAGGCAAAAUAUCUCCUGCUGCAUCAAUCGCUGGUGGAUAUAGUUAUGAAAAAGAAGGCGUACUUUUGAACAAUUUAAAUAAUCAUAACUCUUCUAAUUUUGAUCCUUCAUUGCUAGCUGUAAUAACGCAACAAAGGGAUCGAUUCAGAACUAAAAACAAAGAAUUGGAAUUAGCAAUCAAAAAAUCAAACAAAACAGUAAAUGACUUGAAAAGAACAGUUCAGGUACUUAAAAAUGAUAAUAAUGAACUAUAUGAAAAAAUAAGAUAUUUGCAAUCAUAUCAAAAUUAUAGUCUGCAAAAUAGAAAUAGAUCGACAAACGUAUCGACUAAUCCUUAUAGCCAAACAUUAACAAACUCGGGAAAUGAUAUUUAUGACAACGAUGCUGAAAGUUUGGAUAAAUAUAAAGAUUAUUAUGAGGAUAAUCUACAUCCAUUAUCGAAGUUUAGAAUAAAGGAAGCAGAGAGAGCCAAAUCAAAACUACCCGCUUGGGAAAGAUUGUUUUUAUCACUUGCCAAUAGUAUAUUAGCUAAAAAAACGAAUCGCUUGUUGUUUAUGAGUUAUUGUAUUGGGCUUCAUUGUCUUGUAAUGACCAUGUUAUUUUAUUUAAUACAUAGC